UUUGCUUAGACCUAAAGUCUCAAGUACUUUUACUUAAAAAAAAAAUGAAAACUAUGAUCAAAUUAUGAUCAAUUUGUAUUGAGAAGAAUAUAUAUGUAUAUAUUCCAUAUUAAUGAAUGUAGGUUACACUUUCCUAGCAAUAAGCUGAAAGCCAAACAAAAACAUUGACAUGUAAAUAGUAAUAGAUAUGGCCUGUAAGCGUUAAUUGUCUGCAAUUCUUGAUGUAAUUAAACGCUUGGCAUGCCGGGCAGGCCAAGAAAAUGGGCAGUACUCAAUUAAGUCCGUGAUUCAGCAGUUGCUGUUGAUUUUUAUAUAUAUGUAUAUAACGAACAUGCGAUGAGAUCGGGGUCUCAGUUGCCGAUCAUCGUCCGUCGCUUAAAGUACUAGCUCCCGAGAGCUGCGCGUAAAACCUGGAAACCACAAACUCAAAUUGACAGAAAUUGUCAGGAAAACUGCUACAUCAACAGAAUGAAGCUGAGCUCGGGUUUGUUUUUGAUCUGCGCCGCUUUUAUUGGCUGCACGUCGGCCACGGAUGUCCGUGAAUGCCCAAAAUCCAAAUCCAAGGCACUGAGUGCCGACGACGUGUCCAUCUCCAACUGUCCGAAGAGCAAAUGCAUCCUGAAGCGUAACACAGAGGCUAGCAUUCAGAUGAAGAUCCGGCCGGAACGUGACUUCCAAGAGCUGACCUCUGACAUACAGGGUAUCAUCUUGGAUGUACCACUACCCUUCCCAGGAUACUAUGGCACCAGUGCCUGUCCGCACAUUUACGACGAGGCUGGGGAGAAGAAGGUUGGCUGCCCACUGAAGGCCGGUCAGGUGUACACCUACAAGAACAGCUUUAAGAUCCUGCCCGUUUACCCAACUGUUAGUUUGGAAAUCCACUGGGGACUCGGAGACAAGCAGGGUGAUGCUGCCUGCUUCCAAAUACCCGCCAAAAUCAAGGCUUAAAAUUCAAAAACCACCGAGAAGUGCACUCAAUGUUAGCUUUUAUUAGUGGUAAAUCUUAAGAUCGUAUCUGCAUAUGCUUAGUUAGGGAUUAAGUACGGUUAAGUGAACGAAAACGAAGCGGGCCAUUAUUGCGGCAUCCAGCCAGUGACGCAAUAUGGCCAAAAGGAUUUCACUGAUCGGCUCAGUAAAUCUAAUAAUAAUAAUCCGAAAAAAA